AUGGUGUACUGUGAUCACUGUGUGAGAAACGUUAAUGGACUGCGAAUCGACGAUAGUGUCUUAUGUUGUGAGGACUGUGGGAAGGUGUUGGAAGAUUACUAUUUUUCUCAGGAGGCAACUUUUGUGAAAACUGCUGGUGGAAAGAGCCAAUUAUCAGGCAAUUAUGUAAUGGGGGUUCGCGUUGGAAUCUCCGACUCACGUGCAAGGACUUUAGAUAGAGCUAGAGAUUUUAUGGCAAAUCUAAGUGUCGGCCUUGGAGUGGAAGAUAAUAGUAUAGUUGAGGAAGCUUUGGCCUUUUAUACAAUAGCACUAGAGAAAAAUUUUACAAAGGGACGGAGAUCAGAACAAGUACAAGCUUCUUGCCUCUAUCUUGCAUACCGGGAUAAAAAUAAGCCAUACCUUCUUAUUGAUUUUUCAAAUUCUUUAAGGACAAAUGUUUAUGUGCUCGGCGCAGUUUUUUUGCAGCUUUGUAAAGUGCUAAGGCUUGAAAAUCACCCGAUUGUUCAAAAGCUUGUUGAUCCCAGUCUUUUUAUUUACAAAUUUACAAAUAAUUUGUUAAAGCAAAGGAAUGUGGCUGUCUCGGAAACUGCACUGAAUAUUAUUGCCAGCAUGAAACGUGACUGGAUGCAGACAGGGAGGAAGCCUAGCGGAUUAUGUGGUGCAGCAUUAUACAUGUCUGCUCUUGCACAUGGUUUUACAUGCUCUAAGUCAGAUAUUCUAAGAAUCGUCCAUGUAUGUGAAGCAACAUUGACCAAGCGGCUGGUAGAGUUUGAGAAUACAGAAUCCUCCAGUCUGACAAUUGAUGAGUUGAAUGCAAUGGCAAAAGAGCAUGAAAAAACUCCAAUUAAAAUACCAAAUGGUGAACGAAACAAAUGUACUUCAGAGGAUCAAGAACUACUGUGUGAACACAAGGGUAGUGGAAUGCCCUAUUUUGCACUUGGAUUAUGUGAAGCAUGUUACAGGGAGUUUGAUACACUCUCUGGUGGACUUGAUGGUGGUUUAGAUCCUCCUGCUUUCCAGCGUGCUGAGAGGGAUAGAAUGAUAAAGUCACAUUCUGAGGAGAAUGCUAAUAAAUUGGAAGAUUUGGCAAAGGUUUCAAAUGGUGCAUACGAGAGCCAACUAGAGUUACCUGCUGCCUCUGAGCCUAAAAGUAUUAUUGGGGGUGAUGAAGAAUAUAUGGCCACUAAGGAUGUUGAGCAUGAUAAGUCACAUAUAGAAGGUGAUAUGAAUACAAAAACUCAAGAUGAAUCAGAAAGUCUCUCUGAUAUUGAUGAUCAGGAGGUUGAUGGCUACCUUCACAAUGAGGAGGAAAAGCGUUACAAAAAAGAGAUAUGGGAAUUUAAUAAUCGAGAGUAUCUUGAGGAACAAGCUAUCAAGGAAGCAGCUGUAGCAGCUGAAAUGAAAAAAUUAGAGGAAGAAUUAAAAAAUUGUUCUCCUGAAUCUCGUGCAGCAAGAGAGCUUGCUGCAUCUGCUGCUGAAGCUGUGGCAAAAGCUAGAAAGGAAAUGAGGCAGAAACGAGCUCAAGAGGCAAAAAGUUUGGGUCCUGCUAAAUCUGCUGUAGAGGCAACGACCCGAAUGUUGCAAACAAAGAAACUCAGCUCCAAAGUCAAUCAUGAUUCCUUGAAGAAAUUAUUUGAUGAACCUGCAUCUCCACAAAAUCGCAAGAAAGUACGAUUUGAGUUGCCCUCAAAGGAUGAUGAUAAUUUGGAAUUGAAGUCAGACCACAAAACAAAGAAGGAUGAUUAUGAAUCGGUCGACGAAUACGUGGAGAAUGAUGAUAUGAAUGGAGAAUACAAUGAUACUUUGUAUCCAGAAAAUGAUUAUGAUGAGACAUACUAUGGGGACGAUGCAUAUGAUGGUUUUUGA